AUGUCAGGCAUGUCUGGCAUGUCAGGCAUGGGGGACUCGACCUCGAGCGCCUGCUCGAUGAACAUGCUCGGCAACUGGCAGACGAUCAACACCUGUGUUCUCACCUCGUCGUGGCACAUCCGCACAGAAGCACAGUUCGCCGGCACCUGCAUCGGCGUCUUCUUGAUGGUGUUCCUGAUCGAGACAGUUCGCAGAUGGAGUCGCGAGUUUGAUCGAUGGAUCCUCGAGCGAGCGAUGGUGCAGCGCAAGGAGAGCCGACGUCGCACGCAGCACCUCAAGGCCGAGAUGGCGGCCCGUCUGGCCGAGGCAGAGCCAUCGCAGGACAGAUCGACAUUGAGUCAGAAGCUGGAACACCUCGACACGAUCUUCUUUGGCAUCCCUGCUGGCCGAUCUGGCUGCCGUCAAGCCGCUUUGGACUCGAUGCGCUUCCGCCCUAAGAUGUGGCAGCAAUUGCUGCGUUCGCUCUUGUACGGGGUGCAAUUCACCGGCGCUUACCUCAUCAUGCUGAUCGCAAUGACGUUCAACGGCUACAUCAUCAUCGCCAUUGUCCUCGGCGGUGUCUUUGGACACUUCUUCUCGACAUGGGACACGCUCGGGUCUUCGCAUCUCCUCGAUGUGGACCAGCUGGGUCAUGGAUACGCUGCAGAGCCUGAAGUCAUGGCGGGCGGUCAGACAGGUGCGACGGCCUCGCCCUGUUGCCAGCCUGAUGGCGGCAAAGACGCGUCGAGCCUGUCGAGCGGGUCGGACGACGGCAACCAUCUAAAGCGCCACGUCGUGACGCUGCCUGAACAUGGCUACGGGUCUGGAGCUUGUUGUGUGUAG